AAGUUUCCAGAGUUCACACCCAUGCUUGUUGUUCUGUCUGGCGAAUCAGCAGCUUAAACUCGGUCAUUCACUUUGUGAAUAAAUAUUGUACUGCUUAUAUUGUUGCAUUCUAGUUUUGUACAAGUUGAAUGUGUGAUCCUUGAAUACAAUUUGUCGUUGAAGCUCUGGAGAAGUAGCUUUCUUUAGAGGGUUCGUAGGUAUUGUCAAAACAUGUUAGUCUCUGUGAUUGCUGUCCUUUGACAUGCGCGUUUUACGAAUAUGAUUUAGUAAUGGAAAUCGUGGAACUUUGGUCCUUCGGCACGACUUAUUCAUGCGAUUCACCACCAAAGCCUUAGCAGAGUUUGCCAACCAAGAAAACAAAAUCGGAAGACGAGACGCUGUUCGGUGUGUACGAAAGCCGUGAAACUUUAUCAUCAGUGUGGCGUUGGAAACUGUUGUAUUUACGAUUUAGGUGGGCACCUGACUUCCAUCCGCCAAGUUACACCCUGCUGCUGGAGUUAGAUUCCCUUGUGCACGAGUGGCCACACGAGCUCUCUAUUGAUACGGGUAACGGUCUGCUUCUUUCAGCACAGGAGUAUGCUAACGAUGAACGAUGAAGAUCAGCAAUGGGGUAAAUACAAGGACGAUUAUCACGAAGGCGUUUGGGUGAAGGAUGUUUUAGAAAUUCCUUUUCUUGAGGGCUUGUUUAAGAGGUUUGCAGAUGAGAAGCUCAAACAAGGGAAUCCCUGGAAAGCCCUAGAUGUGGGAUGUGGAAUGGGCAAAUACACCACAAGGUUACUGCGAGCCGGUGCAAGUUACGUGGUAGCAAGUGACGUUGCGGCAGAAAUGGUCGCAGGUGCAAAGAAAGAAACGGAACAGUUUCUCCUUGCGCACAGAUCAGGAGGACCAGCAGGAAUAGGUGAAGCCGAAUUCCACGUCUGCUCUGCAGUGCAUUUGACCAGUAUUCCGAGAAUCGAGGAGACGACGUUUGACUUGGCGAUUUGCAUAUACGUCUUCUGCAAUCUCGUAUCCAAAGAACAUGUCAAGCAGGCGCUUGCCGAGAUCUCUAAGCUGCUCCGGCCUGGUGCGACGUUCAUGGUCUAUGAGCCGCAUGUCGUGGAAUACCUUACUGGAACAGCUCAGCAGACGGGAAACGUUGAAUAUGUACCGAAAGCAGAUGGUACUGGAUACAAAUAUUUCGAGGACGAGGGCAAACCACGAACGUUGAGAAUUCGCAUGAAUGCUGGACGUCCAAUUGAAAUUGUGAACCGGUUCUAUACUCUCUCAUUUUGGGUCACUGCAUUCUCCGAGGCGGGGUUCCAAGUGACACAGUUUCACGAACCGCAUAUUAGUGUUACAGAUGUUCCUUCCGAUGCACCCAGCUUCAUGAGGUACUACGCUGAGUGUCCAAAUGCCAUGUGUUGGGUGUGCACUAAAGUAUCCCAGUGACAACGGAUGUUUGAUACGAAGUGGUUCUCUUCAUGUAAGAACAAGCAAUUGGCAGACAUGUAUUAUUGCUACAAUGAGGUUCGAGGACUUUUAUUUUCAUCCAUGUGAAGCUGAGAGUGUACUGACUGCAUUAAUUGCAGCCACACGGCCUUCUCCGCCGAUUUCUUUGAGUAGUGCAACAUUCCAUUUUGAAAGGUUCAACUUCAUAGAGAAACUUCUGACAACCCAUUGUAUGACUGUCCUUAAGCUAUUUUAUCCUAAUUGUCUUGAGCACCAA